GCCAUGUGGAUGCGUCUGUUGAACAGCUGAAGGGGAGGGGGGGGUUACAGAGACUGAGUGAUAGGGGAGAACGUGGAGUGUGUGCAUAGGAAAGAGAGAGAGAGAAGGGGGGAGAGAGCGCGUGUGUGGAAAAAGGAAGCGGAGCCUGUAAACGGCGAACUCACUGAUUUCCCCUCGAACAACUACAGCACUGUAUACUUUUCAUCUGGACACUAUAAUCGGAAGCAACAACACAGCCAAAGGGAAUAGCAGCAGUUUUCGGGGGGAAUAGUGCCUUGGUGAUUCGGACGUGAAUAUAUCAGUAAAGUGAAACCGUCUUUUGUUGAGGCAAGUGCGAGUCUGAGCCCCUUCGUGCGGGCAGCGGCUUUUAAAAGGAUAAAGUGUCCGUGUUCAUAUUGUUUAGUCCCGGCUCUUGGAUUUGGCCCAGGACUGUAAGUUCCGUGGGUCAUCUCGGGCGAGAAUCGCGUUUUCAAGUUGUUUGCAGCAGUCUGUGGGACUCCAGAAUCACCAGGCUGGCGGCUUUUCUGAAACACUGGGGUUGUUGGUGUGGCCGAAUUUUCCCUGGAUUUGACUGGUAAAUUCAGAAGACUGAAGCCCAGGCUCACAGUCUACCUUUCACGGAGGCCCAGCCGUGAGAGGACUGAGGAAGGCACGUGGCGGAUCAUGACGGCCGACAAAGAGAAGGAGCGGGAGAAAGAGCGAGACAGAGACAGAGACAGGGACCGGGACAAGAGGGAAGCCGGGAAAUCCCGCCGGCAGGAUGGAGACCGGGGUGACCGGGAGAGCGAAAGCUCCAGGCCUCGGCGCAGUUGCACGUUGGAGGGUGGGGCCAAAAACUACGCUGAGAGUGAGCACAGCGAGGAUGAGGACAACGACAAUGGCAGCACAGGUGGAGGCAGCGGCACAGCUGAGGAGGCGGGUAAGAAGGGCAAGAAGAAGACACCCAAGAAGAAGUCACGCUACGAGCGCACAGAGAACGGAGAAAUAACCUCCUUCAUCACAGAAGACGAUGUUGUUUACAGACCUGGCGAUUGUGUGUAUAUUGAGAGUCGGCGGCCCAACACUCCCUACUUCAUUUGUAGCAUUCAGGACUUUAAGCUGAGUAAACGGGACCAUCUGCUGAUGAGUGUGAAAUGGUACUAUCGCCAAUCAGAGGUUCCCGACUCUGUCUACCAGCACCUGGUGCAGGAUCGCAACAACGAGAACGAUUCUGGCCGGGAGCUUGUCAUCACAGACCCAGUGGUGAAGAGUCGAGAGCUCUUCAUCUCCGACUAUGUGGACACGUACCAUGCUGCUGCUCUCAGGGGGAAAUGCAACAUAGCCCAUUUCUCUGACAUCUUUGCUGCCAGGGAGUUCAAAGCCCGCAUUGACUCCUUUUUCUAUAUCCUCGGAUAUAACCCAGAGACCAGGCGACUAAACAGCACACAAGGGGAAAUCCGAGUGGGCCCCAGUCACCAAGCCAAGCUCCCAGAGCUGCAGCCUUUCCCCUCUCCUGGUGGCCAGGCUGUAACCGAGAAUGAGGAGCUGGUCUGGAUGCCAGGGGUCAAUGACUGUGACCUUCUUAUGUACCUCAGAGCCGCAAGGAGCAUGGCUGCCUUUGCGGGCAUGUGUGAUGGAGGCUCAACAGAAGAUGGGUGUCUAGCAGCCUCUCGAGAUGACACUACAUUGAACGCACUUAACACUCUUCAUGAGAGCAGCUAUGAUGCAGGCAAGGCUCUCCAGCGCCUGGUGAAGAAGCCUGUACCCAAACUCAUCGAGAAGUGCUGGUCUGAAGAUGAAGUGAAGCGCUUCAUUAAAGGGCUGAGACAGUUUGGCAAGAACUUCUUCAGGAUCCGGAAAGAGCUGCUACCCAACAAAGAAACAGGGGAGCUAAUUACCUUCUACUACUAUUGGAAGAAGACCCCUGAGGCAGCCAGUUCUCGAGCCCACCGCAGACACCGCCGCCAGCCUGUCUUCCGCCGCAUCAAAACACGGACUGCCUCAACUCCUGUCAACACUCCCUCACGCCCCCCCUCCAGCGAGUUUUUGGACCUCAGCUCCGCCAGUGAAGAUGACUUUGACAGUGAAGACAGUGAACAGGAACUGAAGGGCUACGCCUGCCGCCACUGUUUUACCACCACCUCCAAGGACUGGCACCACGGGGGCCGGGAGAACAUCUUGCUGUGCACCGACUGCCGCAUUCACUUCAAGAAGUACGGUGAGCUGCCCCCCAUCGAGAAGCCUGUGGACCCGCCACCAUUUAUGUUCAAACCUGUCAAAGAGGAAGAGGAUGGACUCAGCGGGAAGCAUAGCAUGAGGACCCGACGGAACCGAGGCUCGAUGUCAACGCUACGUAGUGGUCGCAAGAAGCAGACAGCCAGUCCCGAUGGCCGAGCCUCGCCCACGAACGAGGACCUGCGUUCCAGCGGACGCACCUCGCCCAGUGCAGCGAGCACUGACAGCACUGACAGCAAGACAGACUCCAUGAAGAAGCCCAGCAAGAAGAUUAAGGAAGAGGUUCCCUCACCUAUGAAGAGUGCCAAACGGCAGCGAGAGAAGGGGGCUUCAGACACAGAGGAGCCAGAGAGGGCGAGCGCCAAAAAGUCCAAGACACAAGAGCUGAGUCGGCCAGACUCGCCUUCAGAAUGUGAGGGGGAAGGCGAGGGAGAAGGCGAGAGCUCUGAUGGACGCAGCAUCAAUGAGGAGCUCAGCAGUGAUCCUAAGGACAUUGACCAGGACAACCGGAGCUCCUCCCCUAGCAUCCCCAGCCCUCGCGACAAUGAGAGCGACUCAGACUCCUCCGCCCAGCAGCAGCAGCUCCUGCAGGGCCAGCACCCUCCAGUCAUACAGUGUCAGCCAGGCACCUCUGCCACUUCCACAGCCCCUGCUCCACCCACAACUUCUGCCCCCUCGCUACCACCACAGGUGUCCCCUACAGCGGCCUCCACCUCUCUACCUCCCCAGCCUCUGCCCCAGGCCAGCCCGAUGUCUCUUAUCCAGUCAGGGGCGUCCCUCCACCCUCAAAGGCUCCCCUCUCCUCAUUCACCCAUGACUCAGGCUCCACCUCCCGGCCCCCCAGGCCCACCCCAGUCACUACCCAGCUCACAUCAUGGCCCCAUGCCUCCCAUGCCACAUCCACUACAGGCUGGCCCCUCACACAUGCCUCACCCUCACUCCAUGCCUCCUCAGGGCUUCCCUGUAGGGCAGUCUCAGGUCCCGCCAUCGUCAAUCUCUGGCCAAUCACAGCAGAGGCCACACACGCCUCCCUCCCAGUCCCAGUCAUCUACCCAGAGUACAGGCCAGCCUCCCCGAGAGCAGCCCCUUCCCCCUGCCCCCAUGUCCAUGGCUCACAUCAAGCCCCCACCAACCACGCCCAUCCCUCAAAUACCAAACCCACAGUCCCACAAACACCCGCCCCACCUGUCAGCACCUCCAUUCCCUCAGAUGCCUUCCAACUUGCCCCCGCCACCUGCUCUCAAACCCCUCAGCUCUUUAUCCACCCACCAUCCUCCGUCAGCACACCCCCCUCCCCUCCAGCUCAUGCCUCAGGGGCAGCAGCUUCAGCCUCCGCCAGCGCAGCCUCCAGUUCUCACCCAGUCCCAAAGCCUCCCGCCAUCAGCCAGCCACCAGCCUCCGCCGGCUCCGCCUCUGCCGCCUUCCGCUGCAGCCUCACACCCCAACGGGCCGCCACAGCCGCCAUUCCCGCCUCAUCCUUUCAGCACUGUUCUACCUCCGACUGGCCCUCCCCCUUCUUCAUCAAACUCCAUGCCAGGCUUACAGCCUCCAUCCUCCUCCGCCUCUUCCAUCUCCAUGCCACUUCCUGCCUCUGUCACUUGUGCUGGCCCAGGCUCUGCGCUUCCGCCGGUGCACAUCAAAGAGGAGCCUCUGGACGAGACCGAAGAGCCGGAGAGCCCCCCGCCCCCGCAGAGAAGCCCCUCCCCCGAACCCACCAUCGUCAACACGCCCAGCCACGCCAGCCAAUCAGCACGGUUCUACAAGCACCUGGACCGAGGAUACAACUCGUGUGCUAGGACAGACUUCUACUUCACACCACUGGCUUCGUCCAAGCUGGCCAAGAAGCGAGAGGAAGCUCUGGAGAAAGCCAAGAGAGAAGCUGAACAGAAAGCAAGGGAAGAGAAGGAGAAGGAAAGGGAGAGGGAAAAAGAGCGAGAAAGAGAGCGGGAACGAGAAAAGGAAGCAGAGAGAGCUGCAAAAGCCUCCAGUUCAUCCCAUGAGGGCAGAAUGGGUGACCCUCAGAUUGCUGGCCCCGCCCACAUGCGCCCACCCUUCGACGGCCCCCCUACCACUAUUGCAGCCGUGCCUCCGUACAUCGGCCCCGACACCCCCGCCCUGCGCACCCUCAGCGAGUACGCCCGUCCCCACGUCAUGUCUCCCACCAAUCGCAACCACCCUUUCUUCGUGUCCCUCAACCCUGCUGACCCCCUGCUGGCCUAUCACAUGCCUGGGCUGUACAACGCUGACCCAGCCAUGCGGGAGCGGGAGCUGCGAGAGCGGGAGAUGCGUGAGAGGGAGAUUCGUGAGAGGGAGCUGAGGGAGAGGAUGAAGCCUGGCUUCGAAGUCAAGCCCCCAGAGCUCGACAGUCUGCACCCCUCAACAAACCCCAUGGAGCACUUUGCCCGGCACGGGGCCAUCACGUUGCCCCCCAUGGCCGGCCCUCACCCUUUCGCCUCCUUCCACCCCGGCCUGAACCCUUUAGAGCGUGAGCGUCUGGCGCUCGCCGGGCCACAGCUGCGGCCAGAGAUGAGCUACCCAGAGAGGUUGGCUGCAGAGAGACUCCAUGCUGAGAGGAUGGCUUCGGUGGCCAAUGACCCCAUCGCCCGCCUCCAGAUGUUCAAUGUCACACCACACCACCACCAGCAUUCACACAUUCACUCCCACCUCCAUCUCCACCAGCAAGACCCUCUGCACCAAGGUGGUGGUGAAUGUCUUGUGUGUCCCCCAGGUUCUGGGGCCCAUCCGUUGGCAGUAGACCCCCUGGCAGCCGGACCUCACCUGACCCGCUUCCCUUACCCACCGGGCGCCAUCCCCAACCCGCUCCUCAGCCAGCCGCCACAUGAACACGAGAUGCUGCGCCACCCAGUCUUCGGUACUCCAUACCCACGGGAACUACCGGCAGGUCUGCCACCCCCCAUGUCAGCAGCCCACCAGCUCCAGGCCAUGCAUGCCCAGUCAGCUGAGCUCCAGAGGCUGGCCAUGGAGCAGCAGUGGCUCCACGGGCACCACCACAUGCACGGAGGACCGUUGCCUGGCCAGGAAGACUACUACAGCCGGCUGAAGAAAGAGAGCGACAAGCAGCUGUAACCAGCCCAGGGAGACAGAGAUAAACAGAUGCAGGACACGGGAAGUUGUUACAGAACAGUCUUGCAGAGGCACUCAAGGGCCCUCUGAACACAUCCAGUUUUGAAGAACGGAAAAGGCCAAGUGGAUCAUCUGAGAAUUCUUCUGAUAUUGAUUUUUGUUCCUGUCAAGGACUUUUUUUUAUUAUUAUUUUUCAAGACAUUGACUUUCUUUGGUAUAUAGCCAGUAGUGACAACGUCCUCAAGACUCCUGCAUGACAAGCUUCCCUGACGUUUUUGUAGGUGCUAGAACAAGACACUGUGCUUAUCAACAAAAAAAGACAAGACCGGUCAGGCCGUUUAUGGAAAAAUAACAAGUGCUAUCUUAAAUUCAACAUUUAUUUUAAUACAUUGUUGGAGGUUUUUCAUAAUUUUAAGAAAAGCUACCGCAUGGCGUUUUUGAGUCUGUAAAUAGUAUAUAUAAACAUAUAAUUAUUAUUAUAAUUAUUAUUAUUACUAGGUGUGGACUCCAAACCAAGUCGUUUCAACCUCCGAUAUAUUUGUUUUAAAGCAUUAUCCCUUGUUUCAGAGGGGAGCAUCAUGGCAUUAUAUGAGCAGACAGCGGUUUCUGAGAGUUCAGGUGUUGACGUUCCUCUGACAUCGCUGUGUAAGAUUUAGUCCCACAUACAUUAUGUAAACCACAAAGCUGUCACACCCACAUCUAUUCAUCACACGCCUUCGACACGCAUCACAUUGUCAGAAUGCCUAAACUCAACACGUUGAGUUAACGAUUUGAGACACUUGAAAAGGUGACACGCUAGUCACCGAGGCUUCUGUGGACUGCACACUGAAGCCGUGGAGAGAAAUGAUUGCACUGAAAAAAAAAGCAGCAUCCUUGUGCUCCAACAAAUUGGAUUCAAACUGAAGUCAGUAUUUUAGUCAAUAAAAUAAAUAUCUCAUCGCCAUUUUAACACGAUGGUUUUAACGAAGGGAUUUUAGAAUUUUUGAAACAAAUUUGGCCAAACUGAAGAACUGUAAAAUGGCUUCGUGUUCUUUUAAUUCCAUUUCUGUGAUCAUUUGGAACUGAAUUUUAGCAUUUCUAUACUGUAAUAGGAGCCUAAUAGGACGUUUAGGAUUAUUUUAACGUGUGAAUGGUUGUGAGUCGGUGCAAGGUGUGUUGUGGUGUCCACUUCCUUUAUCUGGUCUGGUCAUCCAUGUAUGUUGCAGGGCUCAUUUCCCACUGGGUCGUCCUCCAACUAGGCUGUAAUAAUGUUCACUGUGACACUAGAGGGGGCCUGCCUACACAUGACGACCAGGAGGUCAACAGAAGUGUGUGUAUGUUUUCCCCACGUUGUUUUCCUUUGCCGAGGUUCCUUAGGGAUGCACACAGCCCUGUGCGUCUCCGGGUUUGUGCGCGGUGUGUGACACUGACUGUUACAAGUAGUGUUCACCCAGUAGUUUGUUUUCUGCUUCUGUGGCCAUGAAAUAUGAGUUCUUUAUUUGUUCCAUGAACUAAGACUUUUUUCACUGUCAUGGACACUUAGAAAAACUGUGGCUAAUUUAUUUAAAUUUUUUUUUUAACCACACAAAAAAACUGUACUUACAUUUGAAAGUGUUCAUAUCUUCCCCCGGAGCACUAUAAUUGACAACCAUUUCAAUGCUUGCAAAUAUAAUCCAAGUCAUGCCCCAUAAGGAUUCAAGUCUUUCAAGCCCUGACAAGAGCCCAUCACUCCGUCUCGCCAUCUUCUACCGAUUCCUGUCUCUCUUCUGAUGUACUCCUCAUCUUCCUUUGCCUCGUUUCCUGACGAUUUCCUUGCCUUUUAGUCCCUCUUUUGUGUCUCCAAAAACCUUUGAUGUUAAGUGUUGUCAAUGGUUUAGCUUCUUGUUUCAAAGCGGCAAUAGCAGAAUGUAAAUUCUGACUGCUAAGAUUUAUAUAUAUACUGGUAUCUUGAAGCUUAUUGUAUAUAUUAGUAGUCACCAUGGGAUGACACAAUGUAAACAAAAAGUAGAAAUAAUAAGAAAAAUUGUGAGUCCUGUGUUCUCUCCAUUUGAGUAUUUUGUAAUUUUUUUGAAAAAUUUGUGGAAUUAAAAUAAACGACUAAGUUACACCACAAAAA